AUGGCGAAACUAAACCCUAACUUCAUCUCUCUGAUUCUUCUCGGCCUCUUCGCGAUCGCAUCUGCAAAAGUUAUCUUCGAGGAAAAAUUCGACGAUGGAUGGGAGAGUAGAUGGGUGAAAUCUGACUGGAAGAAAGAUGAGAACACAGCUGGAGAAUGGAGCCACACAUCUGGAAAUUGGUCCGGUGACGCUAACGACAAAGGUAUCCAAACGAGCGAGGACUACAGAUUCUACGCCAUAUCAGCUGAAUUCCCAGAAUUCAGCAACAAGGACAAGACGCUAGUUUUCCAAUUCUCAGUCAAGCAUGAGCAGAAGCUUGACUGUGGUGGUGGAUACAUGAAGCUUUUAAGCGAUGAUGUUGACCAGAAGAAAUUCGGAGGAGACACUCCUUACAGCAUCAUGUUUGGCCCAGAUAUUUGUGGCUACACCACCAAGAAAGUACAUGCUAUUCUUACCUACAAUGGAACAAACCAUUUGAUCAAGAAGGAAGUCCCGUGUGAGACUGAUCAGCUCACUCAUGUGUACACAUUCGUCCUCCGUCCAGAUGCUACUUACAGUAUUCUUAUCGAUAAUGUCGAGAAGCAAACUGGUAGCCUCUACUCUGACUGGGAUCUUCUCCCAGCGAAGAAGAUUAAGGAUCCAAGUGCCAAGAAGCCUGAGGACUGGGAAGACAACGAGUACAUUCCUGAUCCGGAAGACAAAAAGCCAGCAGGAUACGAUGACAUCCCAAAGGAGAUCCCAGACACUGAUGCGAAAAAGCCUGAGGAUUGGGAUGAAGAAGAAGAUGGUGAGUGGACUGUUCCUACCAUUCCCAACCCUGACUACAACGGUGAAUGGAAGCCAAAGAAAAUCAAGAACCCUAGCUACAAGGGAAAAUGGAAGGCUCCAUUGAUCGACAACCCUGACUUCAAGGACGACCCAGAACUCUAUGUCUUCCCCAAAUUGAAGUAUGUUGGAGUUGAAUUGUGGCAGGUGAAAUCUGGAUCAUUGUUCGACAAUGUCUUGAUCUGCGACGACCCAGAGUACGCUAAGCAAUUAGCCGAGGAAACCUGGGGAAAGCACAAGGAUGCUGAGAAAGCAGCAUUCGACGAAGCCGAGAAGAAGAAAGAAGAAGAGGAGUCAAAGGACGCUCCUGGUGCUGAAACCGACGCUGAGGAUGAAGCAGAGGAUGAUGACCAUGAAGGAGAUGACUCCGACACCGAUUCAAAGUCUGAGGAAACUAAAGAAGCUUCAGAGAACAAUGAAGCCGCCGCUCAUGACGAGCUUUAA